AUGACCAGCACCGCAUUCUGCGACAUGUCGAGCGUCGAGACGCAGAAGCAACGCUACUCGCGCGAGCUCGCCGCCUACACUCUCCAGCAGUGGGAGCUCGCCCGGCGGCAGGCACUGGAGAAGGACAGGACGAAAAACAAGCCGUCGUCUUCCAGCCGGACGUCCGCCGGUCCCAAAGACACAAACACUACGCCGCGCGCGUCACAAGGUCAGGUUGCACCCCUGCCGACAGGCGACGGGGAUAGGGUGACGAACACUGUUGCAGGUAUACAGUCCAUCGACUACGCCUCAAAGUUGCGCAAUGGCGCAAAAUAUGAAGGGCGCGUGCUCGCUACCAGACGUGCUUGA